CCCCUUCACCCCUUCUGCAACCAUCGUCAAAAGCAUCCGUGCAACGUUAGAAAUAUCCGAUGAUGCAAUUUUUUCCAGGAAUUUGCCAUCUCGUGCACGGAUUUAUACAUCACGUCACGCGGUUCAGCAAAUUAAAUUAUAUUAUUAUCAUUGCUUGCUACCGCUACUGUUGAUGUUGUUGUUGUUAUUGUUGUAACUCUUGCGUUUCAUGGGUCGUGUGACCCUUUCGCCGUUGAUUGGUGGUAAACAAAUCUUUCGAAACCGCUAAAACAGAGAAAAUAGAUAAUUAGUAAAUUACAACAAAAACAAAAAUUGAUCAAUGUCAGUGACAAGCGUAUGCAACCCUAUAUGGGAACGAGCAAGCACGGUGGCCUAACGCGAACUGUCAAAGUAACAUGAGAUAGAAAAAAAACAUGCUAUAUACCUGGCGAAGGUGAAGGCGAAAUUUGUGAAGUUCCCUUUAAUUGUACAAAUAGGUACAAAUAAAACGGUUUUAUUGAUAAGCAGCGUCGUGUCGUCAAAAGUCUUGAACGAUGGCAAAUCUGGUGAGUGGCAGGAACAGCAUUCAUAGAUAUUCACCGCGCCAACGACCCUUUGAGAUAGAAGAGGUGCAGCAGCAGCAGCGGCAGGUUGAGGAAGAUGAGGAGAUGGCAGAGGUUGAGGAGGAGGAAGAGGAGAUGGAAGAAGAGCACACCGAGUAUGAAAAUGAAGACAAUUCAAUGGAUGUGUUGGAGUGCGUUCGUUGGGACAAGUCAGAGAGUGAGCCUAAGAGGAGGAACUGCUUCAGUUGGUAUUGGAUAAUUGCUGGUUUUAUUUUUGCGGGUGCCAUCAGCAGUUCCCUAACAUCCUUCAAUCAUGAUGCAACUAAAUGCAAAGAGGUGCUGACCGAGAACAGGGAGAUACUGGACAACUUGAGGGUGGGAAUAGAUGAAUGCAGGCAGUUCGAAAAACCAUCCGUUAUUCUAUUCCUGUACAGUGAGUUGACCGAAUCGGCUGUCGACGAGUUGAUUGCGACGGUCUCGAAUUAUGCGAGUUGCAAUCUGACUGGAUCGAGGACGGAGGCAAUCGAUCUGCCGAUGAGCGAACUGCAGAGCAUAGAGGUGAACAAAGAUUACGGUCUGAUCAUCGAGAGGUACAGGAGGGAGCUGGAGGAGAGAUCGGUGAUGGUGGUCAGAGGAUUGGAGAGGGUGCCUGGCGUCGCGGCGCAAGCAUUCCACAGCCUGUGCGAUGAGUUCAGUCCGGUCGUGGGGAAGGCGAUGUUCGUGUUCACGAUGCGCGUCGACAGUUACGAACCGGGCGUCUCCGAUUUCAAAUUGGUCGAAGCGACGCUGAAACGAAACUGGAACGAUCUGGACGUCGACAUCUUCGAACCGCUCCUCGCAAGGAUAACGAGCAUGAUUGUACGUCUCAAGUAAUAGUAGUAGUAUUAGUAGUGUGGGGCUCGAUUAAAAAUUUUAAU